AAGAUGAUCCCUCUGUACUGAGCCAUCAGCCAUCCUUAGCAUAGGGGCGCACUCACACACGCAUUCCUGUCAAGUCAUCUUGUGAAAGGCUGCUUGCUUCCAGCUUGGCUUGAAAGUGCAACCUUAAUAAAACUCACUGAAGCCUGAGAGAAAAUAGCAGUUCUGCAGCAGAUAGUGUAGGGGAAAGAGACUGGGAUAUGCAUAUGCAGCUGACUAAAGCAGGCUACAUGCUGGACUGUAACAGAGAGGAAACAAUAAAUCUUAGCUACUAUGCAAUAAAUAUUCCCAAUUUUAACUAAGGAAGCUAUCCUCACAGUGAAAUUCUAAAAAAAAAACCAAAACAGCCAGUUUAUCCAAGCUUGAUUCUUAAAGUGUGCUGCUCCGCUCCUUUUUUAAAGACUUUGAGGGAAAUUAAGAACAAAUUUAAAGAAAGAGGAAGAAAAAGUUUUUCUUGAAGCAGGAAAGGAAAGUAAUAAUAACAUGUCAGUUUUCUUUUCCUUUGCUUUCCUGGCAGUGAUUCUUGCUCUUGUAGGCUGUACUAACCAGCGUCGGGGUCCAGAAGGCAGUGGGAGAAGAUUUAACCGGGUUCAGCACGGGCAGUGCACCUACACUUUCAUUCUGCCAGAACAGGACGGGAACUGUCGUGAAAGCACAACAGACCAGUACAACACAAAUGCUCUUCAGAGAGAUGCUCCUCACGUGGAACAGGAUUUCUCUUCCCAGAAACUGCAACAUCUGGAACAUGUGAUGGAAAAUUACACUCAGUGGCUGCAAAAACUUGAGAACUACAUUGUGGAAAACAUGAAAUCAGAGAUGGUGCAGCUGCAGCAGAAUGCUGUGCAGAACCACACUGCUACUAUGCUCGAGAUAGGGACCAGCCUCCUCAGCCAGACAGCAGAGCAGACCAGAAAACUCACGGAUGUUGAAACCCAGGUGCUAAAUCAAACAUCCAGACUUGAAAUUCAGCUACUGGAAAAUUCCCUGUCAACAUACAAGCUAGAAAAACAGCUGCUACAACAGACACAUGAAAUCCUGAAAAUUCAUGAGAAAAAUAGUUUACUUGAGCACAGAAUUUUAGAAAUGGAAGAAAGGCACAAAGAAGAGCUGGCCACUUUGAAGGAGGAGAAAGAGAACCUGCAAAGCUUAGUCACACGACAAAGCUCCAUAAUCCAGGAACUAGAGAAGCAGUUAAACAAGGCAACAAGCAAUAACAGUGUCCUGCAGAAACAGCAGCUUGAAUUGAUGGAUACAGUUCACACCCUGAUCACCCUCUGCUCCAAGGAAGGAGUUUUACUAAAGAAUGCAAAAAAGGAAGAAGAAAAGCCAUUCAGAGACUGUGCAGAUGUAUACCAAUCUGGUGUUAACAAAAGUGGGGUCUACACUAUUUAUAUUAACAAUGUGUCAGAUCCUAAAAAGGUCUUUUGUAAUAUGGAAAUUGCUGGAGGAGGAUGGACAGUUAUACAACACCGAGAAGAUGGAAGUCUGGAUUUUCAGAAAAGCUGGAAAGAAUACAAAAUGGGUUUUGGUAGCCCAUCAGGUGAACAUUGGCUGGGAAAUGAAUUUAUCUUUGCAAUAACAAGUCAGAGGCAAUAUUCUCUAAGAAUUGAAUUAACGGACUGGGAAGGAAACCGAGCAUAUUCACAAUAUGACAGAUUUCACAUAGGAAAUGAAAAACAGAAUUACAGGCUUUAUUUAAAAGGUCACAGUGGAACUGCUGGAAAACAGAGUAGUCUGAUCUUGCAUGGUGCUGAAUUCAGUACAAAAGAUGCUGACAAUGACAACUGCAUGUGUAAAUGUGCUCUCAUGUUGACUGGAGGGUGGUGGUUUGAUGCCUGUGGCCCCUCCAACCUCAAUGGGAUGUUCUACACAGCUGGACAGAACCACGGGAAGCUCAAUGGCAUCAAGUGGCAUUACUUCAAAGGCCCCAGCUACUCCUUGCGCUCCACCACCAUGAUGAUUCGGCCUUUGGACUUCUGAAGGAAUUCCGCGGCGGAUCCUAGCAGGAGCCAGGCUGGCAGCGCCCUCAGAGCAGCACUGGCACAGUCUGAAGGGAAAAGGUGAAGGGCUUCUGAAAGCAGCGUGUAGGGAUGAUGCAAAGUUGCUUCGCUGUCUCUCCAUAACCUGCACACACUUCCCAACAGCGACCCCACCCUCUGAUUACUGCGGAGAGCUUGGUUUAGAAGAAGGUGGCUGAAAUUAUUUUCCAAAGAACUGGAUUUGGCUAUUCUGCACAAACUUGGUGCUUGCCAGUGGAUGUCUUUUUUGUUUCCUUUGUUUUAAUUCAGCAACAGAAUCAGAAUUUGAAGAACUGGAACAUAUCAACCAUGGUCUAUUGAGUAGAAUGUUAUUCAGCAGUGAAAUGACAACAUUAUACCCAUGAAAAAGGAUUACAGAGACACUUUUAUUAAAACUUUUCUUAAAACAUCCAAGGUGACCACUCCAAAUAUUGUUUUUCUUAAUGAACUGAUUUUGAAUAGUGGAUGGAUUUAUGUGAAUCCCAAAGUCAAAUUAUUUGUGCAAAUAAAAUUUUUCAUUAAAUACUUUAAAGACAAGUUUCUAAUAAACUGAGACAAACAUAUGAAUAAUGAUAAGGAUAAUAGGCAUGAAUUCCUCAGUUGCUCUGUAGAGGUAAAUCAGGUAAUUGGCGUAAUCCCUGAGCUAGGAUUUAUAGUGUGAUAACAAAAGUAGCUGUGUUUUUAGGUUUUUCCUUUCUUUCAUUAAAAGCAGUCUGAAUGUCAUGUAGAAUAAUUAAUGGAAGGUUUAAAGAACGUGAAAUAUUAUCCAAGAGAAAAUACAGGAUUUUGCAUGGAAUUUUUCCAUCAAAUACAUAGGAAGGCAAACUGUUAGAGUAUAAAAAAUUACAUAAAUGCAUAGCUUAAGGCAAUGGAUUAAUUUUGCAGUAUCCUUGCAUGUGCGCAAUUUAUCCUGAAUUAUUUUACUUUUUUAUUACAUUUUUGUGAAUAUCAGAAGCAUGCCAGUUUUACACAGUGCUUAGGCUACAACUAUAAGAAAUACUCAUCAGAACUGUAUAAAAAAUAAAUAAUUGUGAACUUGUAAAUAUCAUAUCUUUCCUGCAACAGUCAUUUAUUUUGUACAGGAAACCCUGAACCCAUGCAAAGGGUGAAAAGCCUCAAAAGGAUAUAAAUGUUAAAGAACUUUAGAUGACUGCUUACAGAGUGCUAACAAGUAAUUUUGUUCUAUUAAAAUGUUGCAAAAGUGUGGGAUUAUUGGAAAAGAUAAAAGUCUUCUAAUAACAAACAAUAAAGUAAUGUGUGGCCUAUGAGGAUACAGAGAUAACUCUUUCCAUUUACAGCCCUUUUGAUUAAGUUGUAUGAAUAAAGUCUAUUUGGGGAAGUAGUUCACAGUCAUUCUACUUCUACUAGAAAUUAAAUGAAAAAUUUUACCUUACUGAAAUCAAAAACAAUACUCUCAUCAAUUAAAUUGGGACCAACACGGCACACAGAAUCUGCAUGUGGUGAGGUGUUUGCUCAUCUCUUUGUUGCUUGUUUCCACUUAUUAAACUGUUCCUGAGAUGAGGCACAACAAUUAUCUGAUUUUUUUAAAAGAAUAAUGAUAACUCUUUUUUCCCCUUGCUUUCUACCUAUUUUUUUCCAUUUAGCAGUUUAUUUCUAUGGAAUAGAGAAAAAAUACUUGGAUAUUUAUAAACACCUCUUCCUAAAGAUCACAAGGUUAUACUACCACUGAGGGCUAUUGCAGCCCCUAAGGGUUCUCUGAUUUUGUUACAUUUUGAUGUUUGUUUCAUUUUAAGUGGGAAGAAAUUUUUUUUGUGUAGUUGUAUAUAUUUAUAUAUAUAUUUGAAAUAAUCUUGACUAAGGGUUAAUUUGAAGUUUUCUGCUGAAUAAGUUACCAAACUACUCUUUACAUAGCACUUUCUUCACAUACAUGUUUUGUCCUAGUUUCAGCAGGUUUUUCUAAUAGUCUUCAUUAACGUCCAAAAUAUGCAGUCUAUCUUCCACUACAUUCUCAAAAGACAGAGUUUUGCAGGUCUCCAAGUUAAGAAUGCCAUUUUUGCAGAUCCUAUUGCAAAAGGCAAAACACAUUUAGAAUUAAAAGCAUGAUAUUUACUGUUUAUUUAUCUGGGUUUGGGAAAAAAAAAAAGUGGAUUUGGUUUCCUAUCCUUUAUAAUAAAAUGUUUUUAAAAAUUGUGGACUAUGUGAUUUUGCUUUGCUCUAAGUAUACCUUUCUGUGUCAGGCUGAUAACAUUUCAAAAGCCACUAUCUCUCCAUGUAAGAAAUAGUAAUAAGCUUAGACAGAUCUGUAGGAAGGGAGAAACUCUAAUUUUAUCCAGUAAUUAUUAUUUCUAACUUUUUAUAUCCCUACACCAAUAUUUUUUAUUGAAUUUCCUUGAUUAAAAUCAUGGGACUAUAUUUUUUAUCUUUGGUUCAAAUCAUAAAAUUCUCUAUUAAUCUUAAAAUACAAGAUUUCUUUUAUUCAACAGGCAAAGAUGCAAACUGAAGUGUGAUGUUUUCCUUGCUUUAUGAUGUGUUCUUCUAUCAAUCAUUCAAUCAUGUAUGGCAGUGACAAAUCUCCGCUGAUCUCUUACCCAGAAAUUCCUUCUGCUCCAUUUGUAUGCCUUUUAACGCUAUAGUGAUCAGGUUUAGCAUGUCUUUGUCAUGUAGAAUAAUUUAUCCUCAUUUUCUCAGGAAUUUUUUCUUAAUUGACUUGUUAUGUUCCUUCAGGCAAACACAGCUUUUCAAAUCAACACUAAAGG